UCAGCUGUCAUAAUUUGCGAUCUUUUACGAUUUUUACUUCGUAAAUUCACUUCAAAUCAAACUCGAGUCGAGGUGAAUUUAUUGAAAUAGAAUAAUGUCAAGCGACGAAAUCCCUAAAGAUACAAAUACUUAUAGAGGAUUUAUUAAAGCCCUUUAUAAUACAAUCGAUGGACCCGUAACUUAUUUCCGAGAGAAGGUUGUCGAGCCUAACCAGAAGAAAUAUCCAUGGUACCACCAGAAGUUCCGUCGUGUGCCAACCAUCGACCAAUGCUACGAUGGUGAUGUCGUCUGCGAUUUUGAGGCCAACGCACAGUUCAAACGUGAUAGGGCUGUUGAUUCUGAGAUCCUAGGCAUUCUUCGUCAGCGGUAUGAAGACUGCAUGGUCUAUGAAAGGCCCGACCAUGCUAAAGCUUGCAAACCUCUGUGGGACAAGUACAAGGAAUCAGAAGAGGCCUGGUUUAUCAAAUAUGGUGAUCUUGGUGCGUACGGUGAUGCUCGUAAAGCGUACAUGAAACAGAAGCACCGCAUGGUCUGGGAGAAACGCCACGGACGCCUGUCCAACCUGACAGGUUAAAUCAAACUGCAAUAUUUGUGUAAUACUAUCUAAGUAGGUUCUGCUGUUCAAAUAAACAAUGUAAAUUAUAGCA